UACGCAUGCGGGAGGGAAGUCGAUGGUACGUACGCGUGCGCACUGCGGCGGAACUCAGGAGGAGGAAGGCGCCGGGGUUUCUGACUUCAUAUCUUUGCCGGGCGAGGAGGACUGUGGCGACAUGGCUGAGGAAGAGGCGCUGAGAAAGCAGGCGGACAUGGUGCGGCGCCUGAAGCAGGAGAAGGCCAGCCCGGAGGAGAUUGCAGAGCAGGUGGCAAAGCUGCUGGAGAUGAAGGCAGCAAUAUGUCCUGAGGAAGGGAAGCAUAAGUUUGUCCUCAAAACACCAAAGGGCACCAGGGACUACAGCCCCAAGCAGAUGGCCAUCCGGGAGACAGUCUUCAGCACCAUUAUCAGUUGCUUCAAACUCCAUGGAGCUGAAACAAUAGAUACCCCAGUAUUUGAACUGAAGGAAACUUUAACAGGGAAGUAUGGCGAGGACUCCAAGCUCAUCUAUGACCUGAAAGAUCAGGGGGGAGAGCUGCUAUCUCUUCGCUAUGAUUUGACUGUGCCAUUUGCCCGUUAUUUGGCUAUGAACAAAAUCACCAAUAUCAAGCGUUACCAUAUUGCUAAAGUCUACAGGCGAGACAACCCGGCCAUGACGAGGGGCCGCUACAGAGAAUUUUACCAGUGUGAUUUCGACAUUGCUGGCCAGUAUGACCCCAUGAUACCUGAUGCAGAAUGUCUGAAGAUUGUGCAUGAGAUCCUGAGUUCCCUACAAAUAGGAGAUUUUCUCAUCAAGGUCAAUGACCGGCGCAUCCUUGAUGGGAUGUUUGCGGUUUGUGGUGUUCCAGACAACAAAUUCCGAACCAUUUGCUCCACUGUAGACAAGCUAGACAAGAUGACUUGGGAGGAUGUGAAAAGUGAGAUGGUUGGCGAGAAGGGCCUCUCGCCAGAGGUUGCAGACCGUAUUGGCGAAUAUGUAAGGCUCAAUGGUGGGCUGAGAUUGAUUGAAGAGCUGAUCCAGGAUCCAAAACUGUCACAGAACAAGCUGGCUAAGGAGGGGCUUGGGGACAUGAAGCUGCUUUUUGAGUACUUGACAAUUUUUGGCAUCUCGGAUCAGAUUUCCUUUGACUUGAGCUUGGCUCGCGGUCUGGAUUACUACACUGGAGUGAUCUAUGAGGCCAUUCUUCUCCAGCAACAAAAUGACCACACAGAAGAGUCUGUCAGUGUGGGCAGUGUGGCUGGAGGUGGCCGCUAUGAUGGGCUAGUAGGGAUGUUUGACCCCAAGGGCCGGAAGGUUCCCUGUGUGGGAGUCAGCAUCGGCAUUGAACGGAUUUUCUCCAUCAUGGAACAAAAGGUGGAGGCUUCUGAGAAGAAAGUCCGAACAACAGAGACCCAGGUGCUUGUGGCAUCUGCUCAGAAGAAACUCCUUGAAGAGAGGCUGAAGCUCGUGUCUGAGCUGUGGGAUUCUGGGAUCAAGGCAGAGAUGCUUUAUAAGAAGAACCCUAAGCUACUGAACCAGCUGCAAUACUGUGAGGAAACAGGAAUCCCUCUUGUUGCCAUUCUGGGAGAGCAAGAGCUAAAGGAUGGAGUGGUCAAACUGCGAGAUGUGGCUACGAGAGAAGAGGUGGAUAUUUGCAGACAAAACCUUGUGGAGGAAAUCAAGAAACGAACAAGUCUUCCGUAGGGAUCUUCCUGGCACUCACAUUGGAAGGCUUUGCUGGAUUUCCUUUCAAAGUUUGCUGAGUCCUUCCUAAAAAUGCCAAGUCAGUUUUGCCCAUGUUGCCUCUUUGGACAUAGCAGUGGGAAGAGGUUGUCUUAAAACCUUUAUUUAUUUUACUGUUAAGCUCCUUUUUGUUGGGCUUGAGGAGCAACAAAGCAUAAUCUUUUUAACGAAUGAGGUCAUUCCUGCAAAAGAAUUUGAAAAAACCCUUCUGAGGAUACCAUCUGUUCUGUGAGCAUUCUGGUGAUCACGCCAGCGGCAAGGGCUGGGCUGAAGUUGGCAGCAUUCUGGUCUUCAAACUGCAUCUUUGGACAACAUUAUUUGGCAGCAUAAUAAAACUUACUACAGCCUCGUG